AUGAGAUUUUAACUCAAAGUACCAAACUAAUUAUCUGAAGAAGAGGCAUAAGUAACUAAACAAAUUAUUUUUAGAUGAUAACGAUUAUAGAUUCUUUUGACCUUGAAGAAUUAAGAGACUAAUUUGAUAAAAAUUAUUUUCUUUUUUCUCAAUCUGACUAUCUUACAUAAUACCUAUUGAAUAAAAUUGAUAGUAGUCUAGAGAAUAUCAUAACAGAAAUAUAAAAUAAUACCAAGUUUGACUGUUCCUAGAUUUUGAUAUUCAUUAAAUAAAUUAAGAAAAAGGAUUUUUUAAUUAAUGAAAUAUUUUAGUCCUACGAACACUUGAUUAAGAUAGUUGAAUAUACAGAUAAUUUAUUUAUAUAUGGAUUAAUUUUAGAAGUCAUAGAUUUUAGAAUUAUGAAUGCAAUUAGACAUAACUCAUUGCCAAGACUUAUUUAUUUAGUAUCAAUAUUACAUCAGCAUAAUAAUUAUUUGUCAUCCUAAAAAAUAGAUUUGAUUGAUUAUUAUCAUGAAGAUCCAAAAUAUAAAACAAUAGUUACAAAUCCAAUUGAAGCCUUAUAAUUUGAAAUUGAAUAUAAUGAACCAACUUAAUUAGAUGAAAGUUAUGAAGAAAUAAGUAAGAAUCAAAUGCAUAAGAAGAGGCUAUUAGGAUAAUUCUAAACUAAAGUAUUAAUUAUAAAUUUAUAUUAUAGAAAAUAUAAAUAAUAGAUGAUAAUUCAACAUCAGCUUUAUCAUUGUCAAGAAAUCUACUAAAUAUGCCUGAUUAGCCAUUUUCACCACUUAUUGAGAUUGUCAAAUAUAGAAUACUCAUAAAAAGAGGAUUGCUUACAAAUCCAGAAUAAACAAAAAAUAUUAUAAUCAAAUUACAUUUAUAAUGUAAUUCCAUAAUUUAAAACUAUUAAAAUAGAUAUUAAGAUCUUCAAAUGAAUUAAUUACUUAGAAAUUUAAAAUUGACUGAAAAUUUUAAUUUAUUUAAACUUAAUACUGUUAAUCCACUUGUAUUAUAAUAAUUAAUGGAAACUUCGCAAAAUUAUUAUCAAGAUUAAUUAAACUAGGAUAGAUAAGAAUAAUAUUUUACACUUCUUUCAGAUGUUUUAUAAGUUAAACAUGUUGAAUAAAAUGAAUUAAUUCAAGGCUAUCCAUUAAAAUACAAUACUUAAAUAAUGAAUGAACAAUUAGCUAGAAAUGGAUUAGUUUUUAAAAGCAUCCUGGAUUUUUUUUAAUCUUAAAAUUGUCACUUUCUUCUAAACCAAUAUUAAUACUUUAAUCAAAUAUGUAGAUUAGUAAAAGGUUCUUUAUGUAUUUAAGAUAAUAGAUUAUUACUACCACCUGAAUAAUUCUAAAAUGCAAUUAAAUUUUUAAGCUAUUUAUCUAGAUAAUAUUAUGAAUAAUAAAGUAAUUAUUAGACUUUUGAUGAACUUGUAAGAAUAGCUGAAUAUUAUAUUAAUUUAGGUUUAAACCUGUUAAAACCUACAGAAAAUGGUUAUGCUUAAAUAUGUGAGACAGAUGCUGAUAUAAUUAUUGAAAGUUGUAUUGAAGCAAUAACUAUUAACAAUUAACAUAAUAUGAUAGCACAAAAUAAUUCUGUAUUUGCUAGAAAGGUUAUAAAUUCUCGAGUCUUAAGUUUAAUAGCAAAUUAUUUGCAACAAAAAGUUUAAUUAAAUAACAUAUUUGAUAAAGCAUUAAGAUUAAUCUCUUUUUUAUCAUAAACAGAACCUUAAUUAAUGAUUUAAAUUUUAAAUUCAACCUUACCUGAUAUCCUGAAUGAAAACAUUUAGAAAAAUAAUAUUAAUGAAUUAAAAAUGCCAAGGCUAUCAUUUAUUUCUUUAUUUUAUCGAAAUAUAUGCUAAUAAGAACAGGCUCGGUAAAAAUUUAAUGAUCAUGGAAUAAAUAUUAUUGAUAAGCUAUUGAAUUAUCACUUUUUUGUUAAGGAAGUUAUUAAUCUAUCUGAUAUAUCAAACUUAGCCUUUUUCAUAAGAGAAUAUACUCACUAUAUUUAAUAAAGUAGAGCUUAAAUUAAUGAAAUACUCAUUAAAGUAUUACAAUAAUUAUUACAAUAAUUAUCAGAAUAAUUACAAUAAUUAAACUACGAUUAAAAUUUUAAAUCAUAAUAUUAAAAGAUUUUGCAUAAAAGGAAAGCAAUCUAAAAUUUUAGUUAAAUUAUUAAUUAACAUAAUUCUGGGUUUAGUAACAUUUUGCAUUCCCAAGGCGGGUAUUUUGAUAAUUUUGUGAGAUUAUUUAAGAUUCCAUAAUUUAAACGAAUGUUUAUUCAUCAAUUUGGAUUGAAUUAAUUUGAGAAUUUUGAUCCUAAUAAAUGUCUGAUUAGUGCCUUAGAAUUAAUAGAAUAAUUAGAAUAAGAAUUGGGUUGUACAUUGGAAUAAUCAUAAUCUUUAGUUUUCAAUGAAAAAAACUUUUAUCAAAAUUGCUCACCUUAAACUUUUUAAAUGACAUCUCGUUUAUCAGAAAUUUUAGAUUAUUUUAUAGUAGUUUAGAAUAAUAUAAAUCGCCUUAAGUUGACUAAUUAAAAUUUAACUGAUAAACUAAUAGAUAAAUAUUGUGCAUUUCUGGAAAUAUUUCUUACUUCUUAAAGUGAGCAGAAAUAUUUUAGUCAUAGAUUUGACGAAAUUAUUAUUUAGGUAUAAAAUAGAAAAGGGAGCGGCGUGAAUUUACAACCUUUAAGCAGGUUAUUAAAUAGGCUUAGCUUACAAUUAAAUAAUCCUCCAGAGAUUGCUCUUUAUUAUCUAAAAUAAAUAUUACAAUUCAUUGUGCGAUAAAAAAAAAAUAGCAAUUUUAUUAUCAACUCUGAUGUAGGACGUAAUUUGUAAUAUAUUCUUAAAACUUACGUUGUAAUGAUAAACUCUGAUAGUUCAAACUCAGAAUUAGAAGAUGAUUUGUUAUUAACUAUUGAGUCAAUUUUAAGAUUUUUAUAUAAUCUUUCUGGUCCAUCUAUGGAUUAAAAUUUAUCUAUUUUUUCAAAGAUAAUUGAAGAAAUUUCAACUCUUUUAUAAAUAAUCAAAGAUUCAUCACAUCAAAAAAUAACAAUAAUUUAGGGAAUUUUAUUGAAUUAAGUCAACCAUAUUCUGCUUUACAAUCCUUCGAAUUCCUCUUAGAGGAAUAACCCUAUUUAUCCAUUAGAAAGAACUUCCUUAGUAGAUUAAUUAAAUUCAAUAGGUUUUCAAAGGAGGUAUAUUAAUUAGAUCCUUGAUAUAUUCCCUUUUCUAAAUACUGUUAAUUAGUUUUGUGACUUCGAAGAAUUAAGAAGAUUUGAGCUUGAAGGAAUGGGAAUUAUAUAAAAUACAGAAGAACAGGAAAUUAUAUAAAAUGUUGGAGAAAUAUAAAGUUAAGAGAGUUUUGAUAUUGAAUUAUUCAAAACGUAAUAAGAAACUUUAAAAAAAUAUCUAAAGUAAAACUAUCUCUAUUUUUAAAAAAAUUUAUAAAUUUAAUAGAAGAGUUUUUAAAUACAAUUAAAUGAACCUGAAAUCCUUAAAUAUUUAGAACUAAUAGUUGAUAAAUUAUUUAAUUUAAAAUUAAAUUUUUAAGUUAUUGAAUUAGAUCUAUAGAUCCCUCAUAAUGUAAAUAUAAAUAGUUUAUCUUUAAUUUUAACAACCUUUAAUCGAUAAAACUAAUUUACAAUAUCAUAAGAAUUAUUAAAAAUUGAAUUGUUUAAAUUAUUUGAGUUUUUGUUGCAAUAAGGAAAUUAGGAAGGUUUAUACACUAUUUAUUUGAUACUCGAAAUUUUCUUUAAAUUAUAGAUUGAUUAAAAAGAAAUCCUCGAUCUACUAUUUAAUGGAAUUAAGAAGAUCCUUGAUUCUAAUAUUUAGAAUUCCAAUACCACUUAGAUAAUCAUUCAAAUUCUUGUGAAUAUUUUUAAAAAAAACAGACAAUUUGUUAGUCAUUUUUUGUUAUAAAUGAAGGGUUUAGAAUAAAUUUUUAAAAUGAAAGGAGAAGGUAAUAAUCAAUUUAUUAGUCUUUCAAAAUUAACAAUGCUUAUGAUAUAUGAUCAAACUUUAAUAAGAGCUUAAAUAGAAGCAAAAAUAAAGAAAAUAAUUUUUGAUUAAAAAAACAAUGAAUAAAUUGAAAAAACUAAUUAAAAUUUAUAAUAACAAUAGUAUAAAAAUGAAAAUGCAUAUCCAAUUUGCGUUUAGCCAGCAUAAUAUAAUGUUUAGAUAUAGGAAUAAUAGAAAAUAUCAAAAAAUCAUCCUGGUUUAUUAGCCCUUUAAAAUGAAUAAUACUUUUAGACAGAUUUAAAAUAUGUUAUGGAUUUAUUAUUUGAAGAAUAAACAGAUAAUUAAAGUUUAAUAUUGAAAAAUGGUAUUAGGCUUGACACAUUAAAUAGCAUCAAUAAAAAUGAAGAACCAAUUUUACAGUUUAAUUUCAAACAUAGCAAAGAAACCUAAACUCUUUUAAAACUAUUAGUUUAAUAGAUGGUUACAUCAUAUUUUGAAAAAAAUGAAUAUUAUUAAUAUGAUUGGAACAACAUAUUUAAUGUUUUAUAGAUACUUAUUUAAAAGUUUCCAAUAUUGUUGCCAGGGCUAACAAGAAUGAAUUGUAGUUAGUUUCUAGAAAAAUAUAAAGAUUAGCUUGGACUUGAUCCUUCAUAAAAGAUAUCUAAUAUAUCAUUCCUUACUUUAAUUACUAAAUUUAUAAAUCCAUCAAAAAAUUUUAUAUUUUAUAUGUGUUUGGAUAAUAUAGUACUUUUUGGAAGGUCAGAUAAUGUUAUUGUUCCUUUUGCAUAUGAAAUUAGAAGAAUGAUAAUAAGAGAGUUGUUUGUUGGAAUAAAUAAAUCAAUAAAUAAUUUAGACGAAAAAGUAUGUUAGUUUUCUGAUAUUUUGGUAACUUUAUUGUAAAUAAAAUCUGUUUCAAAAAUAUGUAUUAAGAAUAUUCAUGAACCUUAAAACUCAUUUAAUUUUAUUUAAACUUUCAUAGAAGGAAUAAAAAAUUUCAAUAUAAAAUAAUAUUUUAAGUAAAAAGAUCAAUUAUUUUUUAUUAUGACUACUUUGAAUUUGCUUUAUGGCGUUGCUACUAACUUACUUUUAGAAAAGACCGAACCAAUACUUGAUUAUAGGAAAGAAUAAAUGCCUACCAAAUAACUAAAUUUUUUAGGCAAACCAAUAAUUGAUUAUAUGAAAGAAUAAAUGCCUACCAAAUAACUAAAUAUUAUAGGUGAGAUGUCAUCAGUAUAAAUCAAUAAUUAAAUAUUUUAAAGCUAUAUAAAAACUUUGGCAAAUUAUCAAAACUAUAACCUUAUAAAUAAUACUAAAUUCUUAUAAUAAUGGCCAUAUCUAAAAAUAAAAAAUGAAAUUUUGGAAGAGAAUACUAAUAUAUAAAAAGAAUAAGUAAUUCCGAAUGAUUAAUUAAUAUAAAUACAGCAUUAUGAUAAUUCAUUUGAAAAUUUGGUUAUUAAAUUAGAAGAAGAAUCAAUUAAUUGGAUUAAUGAGAAUUAAAAUGAGAAUAUGACAGAAAAUUUACAAUAGACAGAUUUAAAUAAUCAAAAUAUCUUAAUUAAUUUUAUUAAUAAUUUUAUUAAUAAUUAAUUAUUUUCUGAUUCAAUAAUUAGCAAUUUAAGUCUUAAUGGAACGAGAUUACCUCGAUAGUUUUAAAAAUACUUAAUUAACUUUAAAGUAAGGUAACAAUAAGAAUCAGAUAAAGCUUUGUAGAAUAAUUUAUAAAAUAAUAAUAAUUAUUUUGAUUUAAUUCAAAAUCCUAGAAGACCUAGGGAUAGAAAUGUUUUGAUGCAUAUGAUGCUUCAACCAAAUUAAAACAAUUUUUCAAGGUUCGAGUUAAAUCCAAAUAUGUUAGACCUUCCAAAUCCCCGAAACAUGUAUAAUUAAGAUCGAAAUGCUGAUGAUUUAGAAAAUUCUUUGAGUUCUAUUUAAGAAAUUAAUCAUGACUCCAACAUUGAGGGUAAUUUAAAUUAAGAAAUUUCAACAUAAGAAUAAUAACCAUAAGAUGAAUCAAAUUAAUACUUCGGAUAACAUCUUGAAGAAGACAAUAAUUAAUUUAUGCAGAAAUUAGAUAAUUAUGCAAAUUUAGUGUUGAAUAAUAGAUAAUAAACUUUACAAUUAUUAGGAUCCAUAGAUCAACAAUUUUUAUAAUUCUUAUUGAAAUUAAUGUAAGUAGAGGAUGAUGAGGAUAGAGAUUAUAGAAAUAUCUUGUUCAUAAGAUUAGGAGCAUCAUCUACUUUAGCUAAUUAAUUAAUUGAUGCUCUUAUAUGUAAAUUGAGAAUGAUAUCUAAUAAUGUAAGUGAAGAUAAUUUUGUCUAAGAAAAUUUCUUAGUUUAAAAAAAUGUAAUUAUAAACGAUAAUAAUUAUUUCUAAAAUAUAGUAAAAAAUUAAAUUAUCAAAAUUUUAUUAAAACUUAGUAAAUCUUUAAAAUGUAAAUUAUCUUAAUAAACCUUUUAAUAUAUGAUGGAUUUAAUAUUUUCACUUGAAAGGGAAAAGUUUUAAUUAUUCCUCUAAGUUUUCAUUAAUUUUUCGAAGGAUUAAUAAAAUGUAUAUGAAUUAAAACCAAAUCAAGCAAGAUAAUUAUUUAAUCGAUUUUUUUAAGAAAAUAGUCUUUCUAAAAUAAACAAGUAAUUCAUUUAAUUAAUAUCAAACCUUUGGAAAAAUAGAGAUAGUGCCUUUCGCUUUGAUAUUUUAAUUUAGGAAAAUAUUUAAACUGCAGCAUAAUAUUUUGAAAAUCGGUUACUUGAUUUAUAAUUUAAUGAUUUAAUAAUAAAUAAGAGGAAUUAAAUAACAAAAGCAUUUGAACUUAUUUAGUAUACUUAUAUCAAUGUUAUGGAUAAUAAUCAAUAAGAGGCUUGUUAAAAAUUUUUAGAAAAGCCUGAAAACAUUAAAUUAUGGUAGAAUCUACAAAAAGUUAUAUCUAAUUUAUAAGUUUAAUAAUUUUAGGAAUAUAGCUUACUAUUAUUACCUUAUAUUUAAUCAUUUUUAAUAUGUAAUUAAAUUUUUAAUGAAAAUGAAGCUUAAAAUAUUCAAAUUUACAAAAUAUCUUCAAUGGAAAUUUCAAGACCAUCAAUAGAAGAUGAUUUUGAUUAUGAACAAUUAUUCAAGAAACUUUGUAAACAUGGUUAAUUCUUUAUAAAUUAUAUAAUCAAAGAGCAAUUGUAAAAUUUUUAAUUAAUUAAUCAAAUUAAAAAUAAUAAUUAACAUUUUAUAGUAUAUUUUUUCAAAAAUCACGCUAAUAUAAUAGAUUUAGAAAAUAAGAAAGCUUAUUUGAGGAUUUAAAUUUCUAAUUUAAGAAGAAAUAAUAACUUUUAAUAAUAAGAACCCUAUUAUUUUUUUAUACCUGAAUUAGAAAUAUCAGUCCAUAGGGAGAAUGUUUUUAUGGAUUCAUACCAACAAGUUAGCCGUUUUACUAAGAAGCAGCUUUAGGAUAUCUGGAUGAUAAAUUUUAUAGGAGAAUAGGGUUAGGAUGCAGGAGGUCCAACAAGAGAAUGGUUUGCAUUGAUUUCAAAAGAAAUCCUUAAUCCAAUCCAUGGCUUAUUUAUACCAGCACCUAAUCAAUAAUAUUAUCAGAUUAAUAGAGAAGCUUUUGAUACUAAUCACCUCAAUAAAUUCAGAUUUGUGGGAAAGAUUUUUGCAAAAGCUAUUACUCAAAAAGUUUACAUUUUCGGAAAUUUCCCUAGCUUUUUUUUUAAACAUAUUUUGGGUUCAAAAUUAUCAAUAAGAGAUAUUUAAGAUUAUGAUGAAGGUUUAUAUAAUAGCAUGAACUACAUAUAUUAAGAUGAAAUUACUUCUAAUUUCGAUUUUUCUUUUACCUACACUAUGGUUGAUUAAGGAAUACCAAAAGAAAAGGAGCUAAUACCAGGAGGAGAAAAUAUACAAGUUACGCAUGAAAAUAGAAAGGAUUAUGUAAAAAAAUAUUGUCAUUAAAUUAUGGCAAAAAAUAUUGAAGCUUAAAUUAAAGCUAUUUAAGAAGGAUUUUAUUCUAUAAUACCAAAAGACAUAAUUGCCAUUUUUGAUCCAACUCAAUUUUAAUAAUUGCUUUGUGGUAAAGAAAUAAUAGAGGGUAAAAUAUUAAAAUAUAAAUUUUUUAGUUGAAGAUCUCAUUUAGAACAUGGAGUGCAAAGGAAUACCAACAGACCAUUAAGCAAAUAAAUGGCUUUAAAAUUUAUUGAGAAGUUUCAGUCAAGAUAUGUUAGCAAAGUUUCUAAAAUUUGUUACAGGUAUUUAUUUUAACAUUUAUUUAAGGUUCUCCAUUAUCACCUGCUGGAGGAUUUGGAAAUUUAACGAGAAAAAUUAUUAUUUCAUAUUAUUUUGAAUCAUAAGAUAACUUGCCAGAAGGACAUACAUGGUAUUUUUUAAUUUAAAAUAUUAUAGUUCAUUAACUAUUUCCUUGCCAGUUUAUGCUUCUGAAGAUGUCUUAAGAGAGAAAAUGGAAACAGCUUUAACAGAGGGCAACGAAUAAUUUACGAUUGCAUGA